ACCAUCUACUUCAAAAGUUUACUUGUUAAGUUCCUCCAUCAGAUUAUUCACUUAAGCCAUCAUCAUGGGUGUCUUCACUUAUGAAUCUGAGUUUACAUCUGUCAUCCCACCAGCCAGGUUGUUCAAGGCCUUCAUUCUCGACGCCGACAACCUCAUCCCCAAGAUCGCUCCCCAGGCAGUUAAGAGCACUGAAAUUCUUCAAGGAGAUGGAGGUGUCGGAACCAUCAAGAAGAUCAACCUCGGAGAAGGAAGUGAAUACAGCUACGUGAAGCAUCAGAUCGACGGCAUUGACAAGGACAACUUUGUGUACAAGUACAGCAUGAUCGAAGGAGAUGCUAUCUCAGACAAGAUUGAGAAGAUCUCCUACGAGACUAAGUUGGUUGCAUCAUCCGACGGAGGCUCCGUCAUUAAGAGCACCAGCUGCUACCACACCAAGGGUGAUGUCGAGAUCAAGGAAGAGCAUGUUAAGGCUGGCAAAGAAAGGGCCGCUGGUCUGUUCAAGAUUAUUGAGAGCCACCUUGUUGCCAACCCUGAUGCUUACAACUAAGAACUCUGUCGAGCUAUCUAGGUACUACUAGCUCGAUGCUAGAUACAGCAAUCAUGUAUCGUCUAUCGUUUUUUUUUCUUUCCUUUUGCAAUUUGGUGUGAAGUUGAUCAAGCAUUUUAAGUUCUGAUGAAAUAUUAUAUACUUGUAUUUGAUAUCAAUCUCAAAUUCUCAAUAAAGAAAGCCAUGAUCAUUUGA